AUGUCAGUUUAUAUUGUCGCUGCUUCUCGUACUCCCAUUGGAUCCUUGCAAGGCUCGUUGUCCUCGUUGACCUACUCAGACUUGGGUGCUGCUGCCGUCAAGGGUGCCUUGGAAAAGGUUCCCCAAAUCGCCCCAGAAUCGGUGGAAGAAAUUCUCUACGGAGGGGUUUUGCAAGCCAACGUCGGUCAGGCCCCUGCCAGACAGGUUGCCUUGAAGGCAGGCUUGCCUGAGUCGAUUGUCGCUACCACCGUCAACAAGGUGUGUGCCUCUGGUUUGAAGGCCAUCAUCUUGGGUGCCCAAACCAUCUUGACUGGUACUGCCGACGUUGUUGUUGCUGGAGGUGCCGAGUCCAUGUCCAACACCCCAUACUACGUUCCUUCUGCCAGAGGCGGUGCCAGAUUCGGUGACGCUGCCUUGGUCGACGGUAUUUCCAAGGACGGUUUGUUGGAUGUCUACGACCAGAAGUUGAUGGGUGUUGCUGCUGAAAAGUGUGCCAAGGAACAAAACUGCACCAGAGAAGACCAGGAUGCUUUCGGGAUCUCCUCCUACAAGAAGGCCAUCGCUGCCCAGACUGCCGGUAAGUUCCAGAACGAAAUUGUUCCUGUGACCAUCAAGGGUGCCAGAGGCAAGCCUGACGUGGUUGUCAAGGACGACGACGAAGUCAAGAACUUCAACGAGGACAGAUUCAAGACUGCCAGAACCGCUUUCCAGAAGGAAAACGGUACCGUCACUGGACCAAACGCCUCCAAGAUCAACGACGGUGGUGCUGCCGUGAUCUUGGUUUCCGAGAGAAAGUUGAAGGAGUUGGGCUUGAGACCUUUGGCCAAGAUCAGAGGCUGGGGUGAGGCUGCCAGAGCUCCAAUCGACUUCACCAUUGCUCCAGCCUUGGCCGUUCCAAAGGCCUUGAAGCACGCCAACAUUUCCCAAGACCAAGUCGACUACUUUGAGUUGAACGAAGCUUUCUCUGUGGUUGGUUUGGCUAACUCCAAGCUUCUUGGCCUCGACCAAGACAAGGUCAACGUCUACGGUGGUGCUGUUGCCUUGGGUCAUCCAUUGGGAUGUUCUGGUGCCAGAAUCGUCGUCACCUUGUUGUCGGUGUUGGCCCAAGAAGGUGGUAAGAUUGGUGUUGCUGGUAUCUGUAACGGUGGUGGAGGUGCUUCUUCCAUUGUUCUUGAGAAGAUUGGUGACGACUUCAAGUUGUAG